UGGGGGCCUCUGGGGCGUGGCCGGCGGGUCUCCAAACCUGGUUGGUUGAGGGCGGAGGGCUGGUGGCCUCAAGUUCAGAGCCUAGAGGCUUCGGCUUUCCUGCCACCUGUCGUGCUACCUGUCCUGCCCCGAGCGCCAUGGCUCAGCUGCCGCCCGACGUGGAAGAGGACGAAUGUCUUCCUGAGUACCGCUACCUGUUCUGCCCGGACCUGCUCCAGGACAAAGUGGCCUUUAUCACAGGAGGUGGCUCUGGAAUUGGGUUCCGGAUUGCUGAGAUAUUCAUGCGGCAUGGCUGCCACACGGUCAUCGCCAGCAGGAGUCUGCUGAGAGUUUCCAUGGCUGCCAAGAAGUUGAUUGCUGCUACUGGCCGGCAGUGUCUCCCUUUAUCUAUGGAUGUCCGAGCUCCCCCAGCCAUCAUGGCCGCUGUGGACCAGGCACUGAAGGAGUUUGGCAAAAUCGAUAUCCUUAUUAAUGGUGCAGCUGGAAACUUCUUGUGUCCCGCCAGUGCUCUGUCCUUCAAUGCCUUCAAGACUGUGGUUGACAUUGACACCAUUGGCACCUUCAAUGUGUCUCGUGUGCUCUAUGAGAAGUUCUUCCGGGACCAUGGAGGGGUGAUCGUGAACAUCACUGCUACCCUGAAUCUCCGGGGGCAGGUGCUCCAGGUGCACGCAGGCUCUGCCAAGGCAGCUGUGGAUGCAAUGACACGGCACUUGGCUGUGGAGUGGGGUCCCCAGAACAUUCGCAUCAACAGCCUUGCCCCAGGCCCCAUCAGUGGCACAGAGGGCUUACGGCGAUUGGGUGGUUCCCCGGCCAGAGUAAGCACAAAGGCCCUUGUGAGCCCUCUGCAGAGGCUGGGAAACAAGACGGAGAUUGCCCAUAGUGUGCUCUACCUGGCCAGCCCUCUGGCUUCCUUUGUGACUGGGACCAUGCUGGUUGUUGAUGGUGGGGCCUGGCUGACAUCCCCUAAUGACACCAAGCAGCUGGCAGACUUCGAAUCCUCCUCUGCUAAGCUCUAGGUGAGGUGUUGCUCCUGCUUCUGGGGUUUACCUGUGUCCUUGGAUGUUCCUGACCAUGCCCUGCAAGGUGGAGCUGUAUAAUUGCUCCUGCCCCAGCCUGAGUACAUGUGGGUUGCUGCUGAUGGGGUCUUCAGCUAUGCAGGAGUGUACAGUGCCACUUGAUCUUCCUCAGUGACCUCAGCCUCUGCUGGAGUUUCUGGAGGAUAUUGGAGGGAUACAACUUUUGAUACACAAUAUCGUAUCCAGAAACAGGGAAUACUUCUGGGAGCUGUCUCUUUUGCAUUCCACAGCAAAGCCAAGAGCACUGGAUCUGGUAGUACAGCCCUUUCUCAGGACUGAGCUGUACUUGCACUCUGCAUCUCCUCAGACUAUGUCCUGGGCAGGAGUGACUAGCCAGUGAGCCCAGCCUGCAACCUCUCACACAGGCAUCUGAGCACAGUUCCUAGAAUUUUUCCAGGAAAUGCAGUAUCUUUUUGCUAUAAAAAUAUAUACGUUGGCUUUGCAGAAAAUUUUAUAAGGAAAAAGAAGACCAUUAAAAAGUACCACUCACUCUGUCUUUUGGAGGUAGGGUUGCACUUGCUUCUCAUCUUUUUCUACCUCUCCUCAACUUGGACAUUCCUACUGCCCUUUCUCCUCCUGGCCAUUCUGCACAUGGGAGGGCAAGCAGCAAGGCUUCCAGCCAAGGCUUCAGCCCUAUGGCUGCCCUUGUGGGAGGAAGCUUCCUCCCCAUAGCCUACUGGUCUCCCUCUUCCCUGGCUUCCCAAUUCACCUCCACCUCAAACCCUAGACAUGUUCAGCUUCAGUCCCAGGAAAGAGAUGUCUGAUGUAGUUUCACUGAUUGGCAAACAGUAUUGAGUUUACAGCUGUCCACUGGCUUUAGAAAGCCAUGAUUUCAACUUGGUGUUCCUAACCUGUAAAGUGGGAGUAGCUGUAGGUACCUGCAUGAGGGAAGGCAUGAUGGGUGUAUACACCUGCCUGCUAGUCAGCAGCAGCUCUGUGCUGCCACUCUAGCAGAGAUCCUUAUCCCCCAUCCUCCAAGUCUUAUCAUGGUACACCUGAUGUCUAGCCUCAUUCAUCCUCCCUGAAGGUCCUCUGUAAGGACUUGGCAAAUGGGGGCUGCACCUGGAGCCUGUCUAUGGCCUGCAUCUGGGACUUGCGUCUACACUGGCUACUGGCUGUCUCUGGCAGUCAGGGUGCCUUUUUGAUGCUGGCCCCUGUGUGAAGGCCAGAAGUGCUAGUGGACACUUCAGGACUCUCAGCCCUUCCUAUCCUGGCCCGCCUAACAGUAGCUUCAGUGGGGACAUUUCCUCCUAACUUCUCUCUGGCCAGGACAUAAACUCCAUGGUCCCUGGUUCACAGCAAAAGAAGGUGGGAUGCUGGUGACUGUGCCUGCCCUCUCUAGGAGAUGGGCUCCAGAAGGAGUGGGGUACAACAACCCUGGGUGAGGCCCUAUCUGAGCCAUGCUGCCCUGGAAUGAGCCAGAAAGCUCAGUAUGAUCUGGGGAGGUGUCCUGCUUAUCUACAAGUCAUUCAGAGACAGGAGUGAGAAGCCUCAAUCUGUCCUACGUGAAAACUGCUCUCCCAGCCUGGGACUGCCUGGUGGCCUGGAGGGGCAACUGUGGGGAUGGUGCUCCAAUCCCCAUACAGGGACAAGACCCACUUGGCAGGGCAGUCAGCAAGGUCCCAGGGAGUUGCCUCAUCUUGGAAAAUUCUCUGCCCCACUGAAGUGUAAUAUAUUAAGUGCUCUGGCCUCAGGCCAUCACCCUGAGAGGAGGUGACCUUACUUGUCCUCAGCCAUUGCAAGUACAGUGGGUGGCAGGCCUGCUGGAAUGCUGCCUGUAGGCAGCUCAGCUUCUACACUGGGCUGCACCUGCUGGUUAAACAUUUGGGACCAGAGUGUGGUGCUGUUGGAGAAUAAAAAAAAAAAAAAAAAAAAAAA